AUGGAAGUCGGCAUAAUCGGUUCUGGAAUCAUAGGACUCACGUCUGCUCUGGCUCUCAUCGAUGCCGGAUACUCUGUUACCAUCGUCGCCUGUGACCUACCUGGAGACGAUUCAUCUCAGCAGUGGGCAAGCCCAUGGGCUGGUGCUGGCAUUCUUCCCCAUCCGGACUACAAGGGACAAAAUUUGCAGACCGAGAGCUUCAAGUUCUACUGGGCACUCGCCCAUCGUGAUCCGACAAGCGGAGUGCAGGUGGUAGAUGUAACCGAGUACUAUGAUGACCGAGACGACGAUUCUACUAUCUGGUAUAAGCGGAUGGUCCCUAAGUAUCGCCGUCUGCCAUCACAAGCACUUCCAGCGAGCGCCAAAAUUGGAUUCAAGUAUCAAUCAAUGACCGUCAACCCAGAAGUGUUCUUGCCUUGGAUCAAAGCAGUAUUAGAUGGGAAAGGAGUUCGUUUCAUCCGCGCUGAAGUCAAGUCCAUCGGAGAAGCCAGGUCCAUUCUACGGACCAAGACAAUUGUCAACGCGUCAGGUCUGGGAGCUUUCCACCUCGCGAAUGACAAAAAAGUGGUUUCCGUUCGUGGCCAGACCAUGCUUAUCGAAAGUGAUUCUCAUGAAAUGGUUAUGUUUCAGGGCUCUCACUACACCUACCAGAUCCCGCGGAUGUAUAGUGGCGGUGUGAUCGUCGGAGGAGUAAGUCAGCGAGGCAACAUGGAUCAGAAGGUUGAUCCAGAAGUGCGUUCGCAUAUUUUACGACGAAUGAAGCUCGUCGCAAGCGACCUGUACCACGAUGUGGAUUUGGACAAGCAUGUCAUGAAAGACUUGGUUGGGUUUCGACCGGGUAGAGAAGACGGAUAUCGACUCGAGCGGGAGGACGAUGUGAUACAUGCUUAUGGCUUCAACACGCUUGGGUAUACCUAUAGCUAUGGUGUGGCUUUGAGGGUCCGAGAUCUGGUGAGGUCUGCUACAGAGGAGGAGGCCGUGAAAAGCAAGCUUUGA